AUGGCGCUCUCUUCCGGGUUCUGCUCCCGCGCCGACUCCGUCCUCUCGCCGCCCUCUUACACCCCGGGUACGCCCUCAUCGUUCCCGGAGUCCUACGAGGAGUACACGCCGUCCAGCCCUUCUACGCGCCCUGGGUCGCCGUAUUACACGCCGUCCAGCCCUUCUCUCCGCUCUGGGUCACCGUACUACACGCCAUCGAGCCCUUCUCCGCGCCCCGCGUCACCGGACUACACGCCGGCAACCCCUUCACGCGCCGCGUCGCCGGAUUACACGCCCCUGACGCCGUCAGAUCAGCACCCUGCAUCGCCAUACUACACGCCAUCGACUCCCAGUCCCAGGCGUGCUGCGUCACCGGACUACACGCCCAGUACGCCGCCGCCUCCGUCGUUCCUGGUGUCCGACGCCGAGUCGCGGACGUCUCCAUACUACGCACCGUCGACGCCGGACUACACGCCGUCCAGCACGCCGCCUACGUCGCCCCUGGCGUCCGACGCCGAGUCCCGCACGUAG